UGUGGCCACGCCCCCUGUGAAUAAUGUGUCGGAUCGAUUCGUUUCUGCGAACGUUGUUUUUUUAUGCGUGGAAUUAAGAACGAUCACAUUGGGAACGGAUACUUUUACCGGUCUCUUUUUUAGCCUACUACUACUUUUUCGGCUACUUCGAGAUUUAUUGGAUAUUAGCCUAAAUCAACACAAUGCAAUAUGUUCAUUUAUCUAAGGAUUCAUGCCGAAACGGUUCCAUAAUAAGGCUACUGUGUCCAUCUCAGACUGCGGUGUGUAUAGUCAACGGGGAGGCAAACCUCCUCAACACCUCCUUCACUGACAAUCACAAUGCCACUGAGACAGGGCUGUCAGCCGUCGGCAACAACUGGACCAACUAUAACUUCUGGACUGGUUUGACCUUGGCGGUGCUGUCGGCCUUCCUGAUUGGAGGAAGUGUGAUGCUGAAGAAGAAGGCCCUGCUUCGCCUAGCCAAUAAUGGACAGACCAGAGCAGGUGAAGGUGGUCAUGGAUAUUUAAAGGACUGGUUAUGGUGGAGUGGACUUCUAACCAUGGGUGCCGGUGAGGUUGCCAACUUUGCAGCGUACAUGUUUGCUCCAGCUACUGUGGUGACUCCUCUGGGCGCCCUGAGUGUCCUUAUCAGUGCAGUGCUGUCCUCUUACCUGUUGGGGGAGACACUGAAUCUGUUGGGGAAGCUUGGCUGUGUGCUCAGCAUACUGGGCAGCACUCUCAUGGUGAUCCAUGCACCUGAAGAAGAGGAAGUCACUACCCUACAGCAGAUGACUGACAAAUUGCUUGACCCAGGCUUCCUUGUGUUUGCCAGUAUCCUGCUGGUGGCCUGCUUGCUGCUUAUCUUCUACUUCUCCCCCCGUGUGGGCCAGACCAACAUCCUGGUCUACAUCGGCAUCUGUUCCCUGCUGGGAGCCUUCACCGUCUCCUCCGUCAAGGGCCUGGGCAUCGCCAUCCGCACAGUGACCUCUGACCCGGCCGUGGUGCGUCACCCGCUCACCUGGAUCCUUCUGGUGUCACUGGUCAGUUCCAUCGUGGUCCAGGUCAACUACCUGAACAAGUCUCUGGACACCUUCAACACGCUGCUGGUCUACCCAAUCUACUACGUGUGCUUCACCACCGUGGUGCUCACCACCUCCAUCGUCCUGUUUAAAGAGUGGGGGACCAUGUCUGGUGUGGAUGUGGUGGGCACCGUGGGGGGCUUCCUGGUCAUCAUCUUGGGGGUAGCCAUGCUGCACCUGUUCAAAGACAUCCACGUCACCCUGGAGGGCCUGGCCAGCAGAAUGUGUCAGCCGCUGGAGGUGAAACGGGAGGACAAACACAUCCUCAUUGAGAAUAUGGAGAGCCUGCCUCCCAUGAGAGAAGACGCACCCAGAGUCUUCAUCAUCAGCUGAGAGACUGGCACUCAGGAUCUUCAUCAUCAGCUGAGAGACUGGCACCCAGGAUCUUCAUCAUCAGCUGAGAGACUGGCACUCAGGAUCUUCAUCAUCAGCUGAGAGACUGGCACUCAGGAUCUUCAUCAUCAGCUGAGAGACUGGCACCCAGGAUCUUCAUCAUCAGCUGAGAGACUGGCACCCAGGAUCUUCAUCAUCAGCUGAGAGACUGGCACUCAGGAUCUUCAUCAUCAGCUGAGAGACUGGCACCCAGGAUCUUCAUCAUCAGCUGAGAGACUGGCACCCAGGAUCUUCAUCAUCAGCUGAGAGACUGGCACCCAGGAUCUUCAUCAUCAGCUGAGAGACUGGCACCUGAGAGAACUCUUAGCACAUUCACUUAUGUAAAUAUGUAUUUGUUAGUCUUUUUAUUGGUAGUUUUAUGUAGAUUUGUGACCAGAGCUGUUGUUGACUAUGUUUAUGAUGCUCCAGGAUGCUAAAUAGCUACUGAGGACCUUUGUCUAUGAAGGUACCAGAGAAGAGAUGACAUUUUAUAUAGUUUUUUAUACUUGUGGGUGUUUUUUAACCUCAGUUAAUGAUCAUAUGGGUUGCUGAUGACGCUGCAGGCUAUGUAGACUGCUGCUGAAGACCAAUGUUUGUGAUUCAUCAAGGCAUUUUAAAAAGGGCUCUUUUUUAUAUAGAUAUAUAUAUAUAUAUAUAUACUUUGCAUUUUAAGAUGUUGACUACAUUUCAUAUUUCUGUUGCCUGUCACUCAUUUCAAUAAAUAUUUUCUAUUUUGUGCCCA